AUGGGUAAAAGAAGACGUUCUGAUACCUCAAGUAGUAGUGAUUGUAGUUAUAAUAAUUCGUCGAGUUCGGAAAAUAGAGAUAGUGAUGUCGAGCGCUAUCGAAAUAAGAAAUCUCGAAAACAGGACUCACGAGAUUUACGAAAAUGUUCCAAAUCACGUGAUAGUCUUAAAGGCAAUCAAUCAAAAUCGAGACGUUCUCCUUCGAAGGUGCGUGAUUUAAGAAAACGUACUCGCGAAUGUAGUAAAGGUACGUUAGAUUCAAGGAAACGUCCAGAAUCUAAUUUUCAUAAGAAGAUACCAGAAAAGCGCCUCGAAUCUCAAGUUGUUAUAGUAAGGCAAGACAAUGACCGAUCGACAACGCCUACAUGUUCUGGUAAUUUUUCGCCUGUUGAUACUAACAAUACAGAAUCUACGCAGGACAGAAUUAGAAAAUUAGAAAGCAUGAUUGAACAGCUAAAUACAUAUAGAAAAGUCGUCUAUGAAAUGCAAAGAAUGCUCAUAUUUAUCGAAUUUCACGAAAAAUCAGCGGAAAGCUAG